AUGGCGUCCCAGAUGAAGAGGUUAAGGAUAUCAAGAUGCACCGGGCAACUGCUCAACGCCCAGGCCAGGACACACGCCUCGCCGUGCCUGACGCCCAUCCCCUUUAGAACACAGCUUCACAACAGCAACCCGGCGCGGACACUAUCGACCUCCUCCCCGUCCUUGGCAGCAGUAGCAGAAGAAGCAUCAUCCGACGCCUCAGCCAACAACAUCACCACCACCACCGCCCAACCCGUCAAGUCGAAGUCGAGAAACCUCCCGUCGCCCGCCCCCGAAAAGGCCCUCCAGUCGGCCAAGCUCGCCGCCCUCCACGCCCGCCUCUCCCUCCCCGAGAAGCUACCCCUCCAGUCCCUCGCGCGCACCCUCGUCGACCCCUCCGCCGACUCAAACCCCAACUUCAACAAUGCCAACCUCGCCGUCGUCGGCGGCUCCCUCAUCAGCUACCACGUCUCCGAGUGGCUCAUCACCCACUACCCGCGCCUCCCCAUGGCCAUCCUCUACGAAGCCAUGCGCGCCUACGGCGGCCCCGACUCGCUCUACCGCGUAGCCAGCCAGUGGGGUGUCGAGAGCGCCGCCGCCCCCGGAGGCGAAGUCGACCCGGGCCUGCUGCAGUUCUCCCAGAACCCCGCGGCCCACGGCGUCGUUCACGGCCGCUGGGGCUACGUCCGCAAGGAGCACCUCGAGCUCGACAAGUUCAAGUGGCGCCGCUCCGUCUCGUCCCGGGUCAUCCUCGACGACGAGUUCGGCGACGUCCUGCACAAGCCCAGACGGAACCCGCUCGAGCCCAACCCCGACCCCAAUGAUCCCGCACUCCUGAAGGAGCAGCGCGAGAAGCUCCGCAACGACGCCUACGCCGCCCACGUCCGCGCCGUCACGGGCGCCGUGUACGCCCACGCCGGCCGCGACGCCGUGCGCGCCUUCAUCGACGCCCACAUCCUCAGCCGCCGCGUCGAGCUCGAGAAGCUCUUCAGCUUCAGGCUGCCCACGCGCGAGCUGGCGAUGCUCUGCGCCCGCGAAGGGUUCGAGGCCCCCGUCGCGCGACUCGAGAGCGAGACGGGCCGUCUCAGCAGGACGCCCGUCUACGUCGUCGGCAUCUACAGCGGGCGCGACAAGCUCGGCGAGGGCACGGGCGCCAGCUUGGAUUUUGCGCGUCUGCAGGCGUCGAUGAAUGUUCUCAAGGCGUGGUACCUUUACAGCCCCGGCGCCAAGGUGCGGGUGCCGAGUGAUAUGCUGGUCGAGGGCGCGAAGCCGUGGCAGCCCGCGCACAUUGACAUGGGAGAGAUCAUCUAA